AUGCUCAACGCAAGGAAGCUCAGCGAGCUACUGGCAAAGAAUGUCGAUCCUAAGCUUUACCCGCGGAUGUUCAUCAUGUCACCCAACGGCACCCUGCUCGCCUACUCUACACCGGCGAAUAUCAAAGAGCUUCGAGAUCAGGCUGCACUGAUCUCCAUGGCCUGGAAAGACCACGAGAAAGCCAUCGUCUCGUCGCACGAUGAAGACGCCUCCCGAACAGACGGCUCGUCGAAGGCCACUCAGAACAAGUUGUUGCAAACCCUUACGAUCGAAUUCGAUAGCAACAAUCUCAUCAUCCGUGCGAUCCAGCCGAUGCUGUUGCUCGUGCUUGUUGGAGGUGUUCCGCCCACCCGGAAGGGGGUGUUCAAGAUGACAGCAGAAGCAACGGGAGAUCCUCGGUAUCCGUCUUUCGAGCCUUCCGACGGUGGUUCAAGCGCGGAAGCCAUUGAGAGAUUGGAUCUAUCGCCGCGGCAAGACUCGGCGCAGGGGACUGACUCACCCAGUCCAUCAUCCAGAGAGCUGCGGGCGGAGGCUGCCAGCCAUAUGAGCCUACGGGACAAGGACAUCAAGCUUGGCGCCUUACAUAUCCAGCGCAAGAAGCUCGAUGCGAUGACGAGGUUCAUCCGAGACGACUUCAACUCCAAGGGCUUCGUCAUGCCGGACGACCUGAGCUUUCCCUGA